AUGGUAGUAGGCAUCAGAAAAAGAGAAGAAUUUUCAGUGUGUAAAGAAGCUAUAGAAUCGAUAGUUUCAGUACCACCAGUGAAUGGUAAGUCAAGAAUUUUAAUAGCUCAUCGUAAUAAAGCAGCAGUUGUUUAUGAACUUAGUGAUGAGAACUGUGGUGUUCCAUCAAGAAUAUGUAAAGUUCUUAAUAAAUUCACUAAACCAGUAAAACGCUCUAUUUAUUGUGAAAAAUUUGAUAGAACAAUUUCUAUUAGUGGAGAUAAGCUUAUUAUUGAUGGAGAAAAUUUUAGUAAAGAAGUUGUUGAACACACUAAAGAUAUUACUCAUGUAACCGUAAAUAAGGAAGGUAGUAAAAUAGCAACAUGUUCAUGGGACCGUACUUUCAUAAUCUACGACAUAGAUGGUAAUGUUUUAAAAGUAUUUACUAAUGAUAUGAAUGGACAUAAAGAGGUUAUUAAUGUAGUUGAAUUUUUACCAAACAAAGAAGUGAUAGUAUCAGCCUCAGAAGAUGGAAUGGUAAAGGCAUGGGACAUUGAAACAGAAGCUUUAAUUAAUUUUUACUCUCAGGGACUAAUCAUGAAUAAAGACACAAAGAAGGAUGUUAAGUUUAAAGGAUCAGAUUUUAAUAACGCAGUUAAAUCACUUUGUUUUUCUGAUGAUGGUUCUAUUAUGAUUUAUGGUGGACGUGAUUCACAUGUUCAUGUUAUCAAUCUUAAUGAUAAAGAACCUUUAGUAUCUUUGAAUGUUUCUGAUAGAAUAACUUCACUUGCAUUCAGUAACAACCAACCAUUAUUGGCAGUUGCCAUUCCUAAUAAGGUUUUAGUUUAUGAUGUUAUUAAAGACAGUAUUGUUGGUGAUUUUGCAUUUGCUGAUAAAGGUGAAUUAUAUUGCUAUUCAAUGGUCUUUGUUGGUAAUGAAAUUAUUAUUGGAUUGAUGGAUGGUAAUGUUGUACGUUUAAUUGUUAAUAGAGUUUAA